CCCUGCGCUUAUGCCCCUUUGCAGGGGCCCAGGUGCUGGAAGGGAGCAAGGACGAGGUGCCCGAGGCCAAGGUUGAAGCAGGGAUGGAGCCAGGUGAAACGAACAGGCUGCCAUCCGAGCCCACGUCGUUGGAAGGGGAGCACAGAGCAGAAUCUAAAUUAAAACGGGGAGUUUCCCAAGACUUGGUUUCUUCCCCCAAAUUAGACAGAUUCAAAAUAGCAAAACAACUCACGGACAAGGCAGUCAAGGAAAAGAAGAUCUUCUCCAUCUGCGGACACUACCCAGUGAUCCGGUCCACCCUGUGGAGGAAGGGCUGGGUGGAAAAGAAGUUCCACUUCCUGACCAGUCUCGUGCCUAGCGUCGACGGCGAUGGGGAAGGGGUGCCGGAAAACAAACAUGCUGAAGGCAAAGAGAAUCAAGAUGUGGCUUUGGAGAAAGCAGACGACAUCCACGAUGUGAUGUCCAGGUUGGUAAAAAAUGAAACGCCCUACUUCCUCUGGACAAUCAAAAGGGACGUCAUCGACUAUCACAGCCUGAGCUGCGACCAGAUGCUGAACCACUAUGGGAAGACGGCGUCCUUCACCACUAAGAUCGGGCUGUGUGUGAGCAUGCGGAGCCUGCCGUGGUACGUCCAGGCCAACCCCGACACCUUCUUCCCACGCUGCUACAGCCUCUGCACCGAGAGCGAGAAGCAAGAGUUCCGGGACGACUUCAGGCGCACGGUGGCCUCCAGCAUCCUGAAGUGGGUGGUCAGCCAGCAGAGCAGCAGGAGCAAGCCGCGGAGCAGGCGGGAGAAGGCCCGCGACAGCAGUGCGAGCAGGAAAGUUCCUGAGGGUGCAGGACCGAGGCUCCUGCGGCUGUCGGGGCAGUUCGUGGAUGUCGCGUGCAAGGUGUGCAAGGCCUACCUGGGACGGCUGGAGCACGAGGACAUCGACCUCACCGAGGACAGCACCACGGACCUCACGGAGGACGAGUGGAACGACCUGACCCGGCAGUUCUACUCGCUCGUCCACGGCGAGGCCUUCAUCCCCAGUUCCAGAAAUCACUUUUUGCAGUGCCAGGCUCUGCUGAACAAAAUCACCUCUGUGAACCCUCAGACCGAGAUCGACGGGCUUCGGAACAUCUGGAUCAUCAAGCCUGCGGCCAAGUCCCGCGGCCGAGACAUAGUGUGCAUGAACCACGUGGAGGAGAUCCUGGAGCUGGUGGCUGCAGACCAGCCGCCCGCCAAGGACAAGUGGGUGGUGCAGAAGUACAUCGAGACGCCGCUGCUCAUCUAUGACACCAAAUUCGACAUCCGGCAGUGGUUCCUGGUCACUGACUGGAACCCGCUGACCAUCUGGUUCUACAAGGAGAGCUAUCUGCGCUUCUCAACACAGCGCUUCUCCCUGGACAAACUGGACAGCGCCAUCCACCUGUGCAACAACUCCAUCCAGAAGCACCUGAAGAACGACAAGGACCGCAGCCCCCUGCUGCCCCGUCACAACAUGUGGACCAGCACCCGAUUCCAGGAGUACCUGCAGAAGAGGGGCCGCGGGGCCGUGUGGAGCAGCGUCAUCUACCCGUCCAUGAAGAGGGCCAUCACCAACACCAUGAAGGUGGCCCAGGACCAUGUGGAGCCACGCAAGAACAGCUUUGAGCUGUACGGCGCCGACUUCAUUCUCGGGCGCGACUUCAGGCCCUGGCUGAUCGAGAUCAACUCCAGCCCCACCAUGCACGCGUCCACGCCCGUCACAGCACAGCUGUGCGCGCAGGUGCAAGAGGACACCAUCAAGGUGGUGGUGGACCGCAAGGCCGACCGAAACUGCGACAUCGGCAACUUCGAGCUGCUAUGGAAACAGCCGGCAGUGGAGCUGCCCACGUUCCAGGGCUCCGACUUGCUCGUGGAAGGCGUGGGCAUGAGGAAAGCCAGGAAACAGAUGCCAGCGAUCCCCAGCAUUGACUUUGUGCCUCCGCUCUCGAACAUCCAUCCACUGAAACAGAGGUGCCCCUCAGCCAUGCUAGAUCUGGACCGGGGACCCCCACUCAUGGCUCUGCACCAGGACUUGAAACUGCAAGAUGAAAAGGUGCUUCCUUGCACCUUGCCUGUGCACUUACACAGGCUGGUGGAGAGAAGCGCUAAAGCCAAGAGUGGCCACAGGGAGUCCGGAGGGAAGAUCGAACUCCCCUCCUGCAUCUCUCAGCACCCAGACUAUAAGGCUCCCCGCCCCGCUCUCACCAAGGCCGAAUCCAACAGACACUCGGAUCCAAACUCAUUACAUGUGCACCCACUGCCAUCCGUGCUUCCAAGUGUGAAGACAGCGGAGGGUGCUCCGUUUCAGCCACCCAGACCACCAGGGUUGCCAAGGGCCCUCCCAGCGCCCUGCCUGGUGUGCCGUGGCUCGCUGCCGCCCGCUGGUCCCUGCAAGCGCUGCCGCUCCUUCUGCGCCGCCGUCCUGCAGGACGCCUCCUUCGUGCCCCUCGGCGACGAGCCGGGCAGCGGCCUGUGGACCCCGUGACGCCGAGCACCAGGGCUGGAGCGAUGCGCCUGGGCCCCGCGGCCUCAGGAACGUGGCUCGUUCCUUUGAAAACCUCCACGUAGAUGCGGGACCUUGUAUACAGAGCUAUUUUACUGAACCUGUGCAUCCUCACAUUGGUAUUUCUUAUGGAGCCUGGGCCCCCGGCCCGCCCACUGCCCGCGCCCCAAGCCCGCCUGCACCCCGGGCCCCUCGCCCUGCAACCCCCCGUGCCAUGUCCCCACGCCUCCCUCUCAGCCCGCACCCCUGCCCUGGGGGAGGCGGACUCUGCCCUGGGCGCCCCUCCCGAGGCACCCUCCUCACUGCAGGGCGCCCCGUCCCCAGAGGCCCCUUUGUUCACUCAUUGAUUCAACAAAAGUCUGGCUGUGCUGCUCCAGGUUCUUUGCACCCGAGCGUCUCCUUCCAACCUGGUGCUGAGCGAGGGAGUGAAGGGGCGCCCGCACUAGGUCAGACCCCUCAGGGUCCACCUCAGGUGGCCUUUCGGGCCCCCGGGCCAUCCGUGGGCCGUGCAGGCUGCGGAGACUGGAGGCAGGUGAGCCUCUGAAGCAUCUCGGCUCGGGCUGGGGCGUCCCAGCCCCCCGCACCUGCAGGGGCCGCGGAGCCCCAGAAGACAGGACCCAUCCCCAACAUGCUUCUCCCUGUGAAGCCACAUGGUGGCUUCGUUUCCGACCCCCUGCAGCCCCUCGGCACUGGCACGGUGUGCUCCGGGCUCCAGGGGUGUCGGCCGGCAGGCGGGCCAGGACCGGGGCCAUGUGGGGCCUCCUCGCUCCAGGAAGGGCCCGUGCCCAUGGAGUCACUGGGUGCACAGUCCCGACCUGCCCCCCAGUGAGAAAGCAGGUGGCAGCCUCAGGCGCUCACCGGCCUCAGGCUGGUCCUCCCUGCUUAGCCUGGUGGACAGUGUCUGGGCACACAGCCCACGGCCCUCCUGACCCGAGCCAUCCGGCUGACCCAGGGAGCUCUGGCAGCCUGACUCAGGGGACCAGGCCAGGGACAAUGGGGGGACUAGCGCCUGGACUUCCCGGCCACCCCGGACGCCCCGGCCGACAGCUGACCGCACCCCCACAGGGGACCACAGGUGAACGCUGCCCGGAGGGCUACACCCCUCAUCGGC